ACCAGCUAAGCAAUUUCCUCAUUCACAUGCUAAUAACCUGCUAUAAAUGCAAGCAGAGCACAGCACUCAUGACAGAGAAUGCUCCAGAAGGCAAGGGGAGAAGCCAGCUGCUAUAGGGCUUUCUCCCUUUUCUCCCCUAAGCCUUAAGGUGGGCACGCAGGACUACAAUGACAGCUACAACCCUAGCCAGCGGUGGGCAGAAACUUUCCAACACCAAAGAGGAAAGGAAGUUAAGAAAACCUUUGAUUGAAAGAAAACGAAGAGAGAGGAUUAAUAAUUGUUUGGACCAACUCAAGGAAACAGUUGUUGGAGCCUUUCAGCUUGAUCAAUCUAAACUUGAAAAAGCAGAUAUCUUGGAAAUGACAGUAAAACAUCUCCAGAAUAUCCAACACAAUAGAAAUAUAGCAGAUUCUAAAAUGGGUCUUGAAGCUCUGCAAAGGUACAGCACUGGAUAUAUUCAGUGCAUGCAUGAAGUCCACAACCUCCUCCUGACCUGUGACUGGAUGGACAAGACACUUGGAGCACGAUUACUGAAUCAUCUGCUGAAAUCCUUGCCCAGAUCCAAUGAGGAGACUUGCAAGGCAGAGCUGAAGUCAACCACUUCAGCGAACGACAAGGGAAAUACAACAGGGUCCAGCCAAUCUCAGGAUCAGUUCUAUCUAACUGAAGUCAAACUGGGAUUGAAAAAGUCAUUUCAGCCACAACCACCAUCACGAUGUAGUCAGCAUGAGUUACCAACUCCCAGGGAGAUCUUGCAACCUCAUUUUGCACAUAAUGGUGUAAACAUGGGGUCACUGGAUAUGUGGAGACCAUGGUAAAAAUGUCUUUGGGGGAAAAUUCUU